AUUCAAGCCAGCAAGUUUGGAGAGCGUGUUGAGUUGAAUCAAUUCAUAGUCGAGAUGGAGCCGGACUCACUGAAGUGGGUGGGCUCUUCUUGCGGUUUACAUGGACCCUAUAUAUUCUACAAAGCCUUUAAAUGUCACAGCCUGGACGGCAAACCGAGGAUCCUGUCGCUCGGAGACUUUUUCCUCGUCCGAUGUAAACCUGGGGACCCUAUUUGUAUCGCGGAGCUUCAGCUGCUUUGGGAAGAAAGGACGAGCAAACAACUUUUAUCCAGCUCUAAACUUUAUUUCCUACCCGAGGAUACCCCCAAGGGACGCUCCGCCAGCCACGGAGAGCACGAGGUCAUCGCCGUGUCGGAGAAGGUGAUUGUGCGCCUGGACGACCUGGUGAAGUGGACGGUCCCGGACGCGGCGGGAUGGGUCCGUGGACAGCACGCCCAGCCCCUCAAGGCGGCGGCGCUGAGGGAGCUGGGGCGCAACGGGCAGCGGGAGGCCCUGCACCGCUACCGGGAGAGCACCCUGACCAGCGGCCUCAGCUUCAGGGACAUCCAGCGGGAGAGGGCGCAGCUCGGCCAAGAGGAGGAUGGGAGCAAGGUCCUGGUCCUCAGCUACCCCCAGUACUGCCGCUACCGCUCGGUCCUGGCCCGGCUCCGGGACCAGCCCUCCUCCUCCGGGCUGCUGGUGGACCACACCGUGCUGGCGCUUGGCGGGAUCGCCGCCCUGGGGGGCGACACCAGAGUCCUCUACUGCCGGGACACCUUCGAGCACCCCGUGCUGCUGCAGAACGAGAGCAUCUGUGACGAGUUCGCGCCCAACCUCAAGGGCCGGCCGCGGAAGAAGAAGCUGUCUGUCUCACAGCGGAGGGACUCCCAGAGCCAAGGUCAGGGGUCAAUGCCGGGCUCAACUCAGGGGUCGGCCCCGGUGGCAUCACAGGAGCCCUGCAGUCCGUCCAGCAAAAAGAACCCUGCCAAGCUCAAACCCAGCAGCAAGGCGGCGGGAAGCGAUAGCAGAAUAAGCUCGGCCGCGAGGCCAAAGGUCAACGUCCAAGCCCGCAGGUCCUCGGGCGAGGAGAGGGAGCGAGGCAAAGAGAAGGACAGGGAGAAGGAGAAGGAGAAGGAGGAGAGGAGGGAGAAGAAGGCGGAGAAGAAGAAGCAGGAGGCGGAGGCGGAGGCGGAGGCGGAGGUGGAGGAGGAGAACAGCGCGGAGGAGCAGGCCUUCCUGGUGGCCCUCUACAAGUACAUGAAGGAGAGGGACACGCCCAUCGAGAGGAUCCCAUUCCUGGGCUUCAAACAGAUAAACCUCUGGACCAUGUUCCAGGCCGCUCAGAAACUCGGGGGAUAUGAGUUAAUCACGGUCCGCCGGCAGUGGAAGCACGUGUAUGACGAGCUGGGCGGGAACCCCAGUAGCACCAGCGCCGCCACGUGCACACGCAGGCACUACGAGAGGCUCCUGCUGCCUUAUGAGAGGAAUUUGAAGGGCCAAUCAGACACUCCGCUGCCCCUGGUCAAAGCCAAGAAGCAGGAGGGCAGCCAGGACAAGGCGGCCGCGGCCCGGGCCAAGGGCUCCGGGGCCAAGAAGUCCAAAGGCUCCCAUAAUCCCAAGCAGGGGCGGGAGAAGAGGGAGAAGGAGGAUGAGACGGAGAAAUGCAAGGAGAAGUUACAGGACUACGACGAGACGGAGGAGAGCGGCGAGCUGGCCGCGGGCGCCAGGCAGGAGGAGGGCCAUCUGAAAGAAGACCCCGCCGUCAUGGAGGAGGAGGAGUUACACUUCAUCCUGAAGAAGGAGGAGUCCCUGGCCGCCACGGACCCCCGCCCCGCCCCGUCCUUCAAGGAGAGCGGCGAAUGCAGAGCGAUACGCGCCGGCAUUGACGCCCCCCCACGCAGACUGUCCAGCCCCCCGCCCGCCAUCCUCCACGAGAAGCUCCCCUCCGAACUGCGGCCGGAGCCGGGAACGGUCACCGUGCUCAAUCCCCCCCCGUACCUGGCCCAUCGCUGGGACCAUCCCAACAAAGCAGCUGUGCGGGCGGGGCUGCCCGAGCCCGCGGCCAGGGGGCGGGACGGGGGGGCCGAGGGCCACGGGGGAAGGGUGGGCAAGGUGCUGCCCAUGUUCAAGCAGCCGGCGGCAGACAGACAAUCCGGGGACGCCUCGGGGCCCGACUCCCUGCCAGAGAAAAGAGACUAUGGGGUCCCGAGGAGCGAGGUGCACCUGUCCCCCCCGCAGCUCACCGCAUACUGCAGCGCGGGCCAGGGGGUGAUGUCCCCCCUGGCCAAGAAGAAGCUUCUCUCGCAGGUGUGUGACACCAACCCCUUCUCCUACACCCCCCCCUCGGCGCCACUCCCUCCCCCGGCGCUGCCCCUCCCUUUCCCGCCCCCCUCGUUUCCCACUAGCGAGCGCGACCGGGAGAGGAGGGCCGGCGCCGGGGGGGAGGCGGUUGGCGUGAGGCCGGGUGACGUCACUCACGCCCCCCGUGUGAGUGACGUCCCCCCGGAGGUGGCCACCGUCU